ACAAGGGAACAAGAUCUCUGUAUGAUUUCCAUUGACAAUCCAAGUUGUGCGUCUGUCAUGUCGGUAUCCCGUUCUAUAUAUAAGCAAAACUUUGAGUUGUUUUUCAUAUUCACCAAUCAAAAUCAUAUCUUCAGUUUAUCUUGGAGAAAAUAAGAAAAAAGAUUUGUGAAAUGAGCAUGGCUACUUUCUCCACAGAAAUGAAUAAAUCCCACCAGAUUCGAUCAUUGAGCAUACCUUCAAAGUUGAAUCCUAUUAACCAAAAAAUAGAACAAGAGCUAAGAAGGCUUAGAGCCAAAGAGGAAGCAUCAGCAUCAACAUCAACCUCGGAAAGCAUCAUCAUUGGUGUAUCGGGGUUAGGGAAGUUGUAUGAAUGUAUCAACCAAGCACUGAGUCUCCCAAUGACUCAACAAACACUCUCACUUCAACAAUAUGAGAAACAUGUUUGUGAAUUGUUGAAGGGCUGCUCAAGCCUUCUCAACAUUUGCAACUCGAUUAAAGAAGCCGUGUUGCAUCAAAGGGAAGCCACUAAUAACCUUGAAUCCUCACUUUCUGAAAAAGAAGAAAGCUCAAAAAUAGGAAGCAAUGUUGCUUCAUAUACUUGCUCGAGGAAGGAGGGAAUCAGGAAAAUCAGAGAUAUUCUUUCAUCCCUGAAUCAACUGAAUGCUCAAGUCCUAGAAGAAGAGGAUUGUCAUCUAUCAACAGUGAUAAAGUCGCUUAGAUGUGUAAGCAUCAUAAACUUAUCCGUUUUUGAAUCUCUCUUGUGUUUCCUGUCAAUGCCGGUAGCUAAGCCAAAAAGGUCACUUGUGUCUAAGCUAAUGAACAAGGGAACAGGCAAGUGCAAUACUGGAAAUGAAAUGAAUGAUUUAGAUAUUGUAUUGCAUCAAUUGGUUUCUGGAAAAUUAGUAACUGAAGAGAAGCUGUUAUUUACACUAAAGAAAUCAAAGGCAUUGGUAGAUGUCAUGCAGGGGAUAGAAAUUAAAUUGGAAAACAUCUGCAAGCACCUGUCUGAAACAAAAGUCUGUCUCAUCAAAGUAGUCUCUUUCUAGUUUAUAACUUACAAUUUUGU